UUAAAAUUAGCGUCGUAGCGUGAGAAGCGAAAGGCUGCAUCGAAGUGGAAGGGAUCAGCGAGAGGAUGUGGACGAGCACACGGCGGGUAUGACGAUGAUCGUGGGGGAUGAUGCGUUGCCAACGUCAGUGCGUGUGGGAGUGGCGAGGGUGGAAGAUGGCGAUUCGGUGACGAGCGUUUGCCUGGGAAAUUCAAGGUGGGGAGUUGGAAUCGAUCGCCCGCAGUUACCGAGCGUCGCGCAAUUAACCGCAGCUCCCACUUCAACGCACCGCAUUCUUUCCCAUCCGGCCGCUGCUUGUCCUCUGUCGGCAGCUAAGUCUGCGCAUCAGCUUACGUCACAUAUUGGAACGUUAUUUUUCUACUGUGGACGCCAUAGCUGCCUGCCGCCAAGAAGCUGACAGGCUGAGUGGAAGUAGUAAGUGAUGCCUGCAGGACUUUUAGUUUAUGCGAGUCCCAGUUCCUACAGGUUUCAGCGCAAUCUGCGCCAAUUGCCGUGACGCAUGAACUCCCGGGGGGAUUCAUAGCUCUUGUGAUUGAAGUAUUUGAAAAUUGCAGUAGACAUGGUGUAACCACACGUUCAAGGCAACUUACUCCUGCUUCUGACAACCCUCGAACGUGACAGUGGACACGACAGUGUCAUCUGAAAGGUUAUCUACGCAAGUCUCAGGGCCAGGGGUUCGCUUAGGCAAGGCUUCCUUGAGACGUCCAAUUUGUGCACAGAGUGCCAACCUUUCCCCAUUCUUCGCCCCUAAUUCGAUCUAGUUCCGUAGUUCGUAUCGAAAAAUCUAAUUCACGUUCAUUCAGUGAAAUGGCGAAAUUUGCUUUCCAAGCGGUUCUGUCCCUCGCAGUAUUGAUGCUGGCAGUUGCUGCACCUCAAUCAGGUCCGAAAGUAACCUUCUUCAAUUAUUCAGGAAUGCAGGCCACUGUUCACUGCGUGGACAAUCCACCCAAAAUCUUAGAAGCUGGCGAUACUUGCAUCGUUCCUCUCACGAGCAGCGAUCAGUCCUGCAUUGUAACACUCAAGGAUGGGGAGCACGCCUCUGCCACAGUUGACAAACUAUUUCCCAGUUCUACAAAUUCCGGUCAUUCCAUAUCUGUAGACAUCAAUGACACGUUCCUUUUCUUUGCUGUGGAGGACGCACCUCAUCAUCAGUACGUAAGCUUCCUUGAUAGCCAGAACGAACAGAUCCGAGCCGAGAGCAACUCCGAUCUUCUGCUGUGGUCAAUGGAGAAUGCUUCUGAUGAAUGACUCUCUCCAUUUGAAGAAUACUGUCGAGCAAUUCCUCAUGUUUCAAUGAGAAAGAGCUAUCUGAUCUAUGGCAGAUAAUUCAAAUGAUCACGGUUGAUUUGAACACAAUGAGCGAAGCCAAGUCUCCUUUGUGGAGGUCUUUCACAACCGUAGCAAUCCUCCGUGUCCUGUAGCGUAUGAUAAACCCCCUAUGUUGUGUAUACUUAGUCUGUCACGCAGGAUAGAAACAAGUUCCUCAUCCUCAAAAGCCAUUACACAAAAUAUAAAUCCUCGAUCCUCUCGAUACCCCCCCCAGGACGAGGUGCACACACCAAGACUACUUCAAAGGACGGUACUGCAUUCAUUUGAAUUUAUCUAGAUCUUUGCUGAUCGCUGGAAUUCAAUACCUUCUUGAUUACACUAUAAUGGAAUAUUCGAGAGCUCCCUAUUUCAGCACUCUAGUUCAAGUUUCUUUCAGCAAGUUCUCCAUAGCCAUACCGUUCAGGACUCUAUACAAGCUGUUCUGAUGUGAGCGUCCGGGGACCUCAUGGUGUGAAACUUGUAAUAAACGAUAACACUUUAUUUGCUGACGCAA